AUGAAUUGUAGGAGGCCUGCGCGCCGUAGUUGGAAGCCUGGGGCUGCCCGUAGCCGUAGGCUCCCCCAUCGGGAGCGGAGGAGGCCGGUGGUGGCGGCUGUUGUUGCUGGUUGUAGUAGUCGUACCCGGCACUGGGCGUAG